AUGUCUUUGGACGAAUUAAAGCAACAGCGCGCAAAUACUAAGAAAAACAUCACGCGCAUCAAGAACAUUGUGGAUGCUAGUUUACGUCCAGGAGGUAAAACUCUCUCAGCUGCCGAAUAUAAAUGUCGUUUGGGCAUUUUUGAAUCUUACUUUAAACAGGUACUGUCCAUUCAGACGGAUAUAGAAAAAUUGGAUCCCGACGAUGGAGGACGCGCGGACCUUGAGGAAUUGUACGUCACUACAAAAUUAACGAUUCAAGCACAGCUAGUGGAGGAUCAUAAUAUUUCGCUUCCGGAAACAAGCUGCAUUGUGCAGCACAGCACUAAAUUACCAAAGCUCAAACUCCCAACGUUUAGCGGCAAGUAUUCUGAGUACCAGAAUUUUAUUACAUCCUUUAAACAGAUAAUUGAUAAAGAAUUUAGUCUUUCAAACAUCGAGAAAUUUAAUCAUUUGCGAAACUCGCUUCAAGGUCAAGCUUUAGAAACCGUCGAUGCAUUCCAGGUGACCAAUGAAAAUUACCCUAAAGCAUUGGAACGGCUGAAAGAAAGGACUUCUGCCAUUUACGGUUCACUUCUCUCGUUGGGUAAUGAAAUGCAAAUUUCCCAAGCCAUGCUCAUUUAUUUGGUGCUUCAGAAAUCGGAUGAACAAACCAAUAAAAAGUGGAAAGAAUCUUUGGAUUUUAAGACGCUGCCGACGUGGGGCGACUGUGUGAAGGUGCUGGAAAGGCAUUGCCAAUAUUUGGAGUCGAUGGAAGCUAGCCACACAGGAUCAGCAGUUAUUCCAGGUAACAGCAAAGCUGCAUUAAGUAAGGUAAGGAAUCAGCCAAAGGGAUAUUCAUUUACCUGCUCCAAUACGCCGUGCUCUGUUUGCUCAAGCACAAACCAUAAAAUUUCUAAUUGCGAUCGUUUUAAGUCUUACAACAUCAUCCAGCGAUUCGACCAAGCGAAGAAAAUGGGACUUUGCAUCAAUUGCCUGUCUAAAGGACAUCAAAUGGCUCAAUGCCCAUCAACCCACAGAUGUAAGGUUUGCUCAAAGCAGCACCACAGCUUACUCCACCGCGGGUCCACAUCAGCCCAACAGACAACAAAUCCUCCACCAUCACGCGAAGCCGCAGUGCACACACACAUGCACAAUUCGUCAUCUGACAAUGUUAUUCUAGCAACUGCCAUGAUUUUAGUUCGUGAUUCGUCAGGUGAUUACAGACUAGGCAAAGCCCUGCUAGAUUCCUGUUCUCAGGUGAAUUUUAUUACUGAGGAAUUCGCACAAAGACUGUCGUUACCGAAAGGUAAACAAAACAUUGAAAUCCAAGGCAUCGCCAAUGACUCGUUGGAUGCCAAGCUGGAGAAGCUAUGGAGAAUUGAGGAAGUAGCUGUCAAUGCCGAGCCUUGGACUCGCGAACAAACAACUUGCGAGCAGAUGUACAGAACCACUGUUUCAAGGAAUCCAGCUGGAAGAAUAGUAGUGAAAUUGCCAUUCAAGGAUGAUCCCUCCUGCUUAGGCGACUCGUACACCACCGCACUGAGACGAUUCAACGCACAAGAGCGUCGUUUAGCAAAAUUACCACACUUGAGAAAACAGUACGUGGAUUUCAUGGAUGAAUACGAGCGUUUGGGACACAUGAGCAUCAUGGAGAAUCCGAAUUUGGGUGAACCGCAUUAUUACAUCCCACACCACUGUGUGCUAAAGCCCACCAGCACAACAACAAAACUUCGUGUCGUUUUUGAUGCUUCUUGCCGGACUACAACACAAAUAUCUCUCAACGAAAUCCAAAUGGUUGGCCCUACAAUUCAGAAUUCACAAGUGGUCUUACAUUGGCUGAAGAUGCACUCAAUAACGCUUUCGGCGUUCGUUGGAAAUCGGGUUUCGGAAAUACAGGACUUAACUACGGGAGCCCAUUGGAGAGCACCUCAUUUUGGCGGGAUCUGGGAAGCGGCCGUGAAAUCAGCAAAGGGCCAUCUUAAUCGCAGCAUGGCAAACUCACGGCUUACUUACGAGGAACUCACAACAGCCUUGGUAGAAAUCGAAGCGGUAAUGAACUCGCGGCCAAUAACACCAUUGUCUUCCGAUCCGAACGACUACGAAGCAUUGACUCCAGGUCACUUCAUCAUUGGCGACGCACUAAAAGCACUUCCGGAGCGAAACGUGUCAUCCAACAUAAGCCAUGCGCAACAGUGGGCACAAAUAGCUACAAUCAAACAAAACUUUUGGAAGCAAUGGUCACAUGAAUACAUCAACGAGCUACAAGUACGCUCAAAAUGGUUUGCAGAUCGGCCAAACAUCGAAAACAACACAAUGGUCAUCAUACAUGAAGACAACUUACCACCGCAGAAAUGGCUUAUGGGAAGAAUUGUAAAUUGCAUACCAGGAAAGGAUUCGAAAAUUCGUGUGGUUGAUGUUCGCACAUCGAAGGGAAUCAUUCGGCGCCCCAUCCACAAGCUAGCAGUUUUGCCAGUUUGA